AUGGAGGGCAAGGGAGAGGGAGAUCCGACUGUCUUCGUGAAACUCGUGCAAGUACCUCCUCCGGCGCCAGUUGCUACAACCCGACGGCUUCUCCUUGGGAUCUCUCUGGCGUUGUCUGCAUCCUUUGCUCUGUACCACAACCUCGGUACCGCUCCGAGCGUAGCAGGAACGGCGCUUCCUCAGACCUAUGCUGUCUGCUCAGACUCGAAGGACAUAUGGACCGUUGACGAAGCUUCGCCUCGAGUGGAAUGCGUAGGCAUCAACGAGGGAUAUAUCCUUGCUACGGGCGCGUUCGAGGAAGUGCAGUCGCGCGUCGCCGAGCGAGGUGUUUCUCCAGAGGAGCUUACAGUGUAUAAGGUGAAGUCUGGGUCGGUCGUCCUUCCAGGGCUGGCAGAUGCGCACGCUCACGUACUCGACUAUGGGUUCGCUAUGCAACUGCCGCUGGCAGGCUCCAGCUCGGUCUCCGAGGUCGUUGACCGUGUUCGGAAGUAUAUACUCUCCCGCCCUGACGUUCUGAACGACACGAGCCGAUGGAUCCAAGGGAUGGGUUGGGACCAGACGAGAUGGCAGAACAAAGAAUUCCCGACGGCAAACGAUCUGGAUAGCGACCCAUUGCUGCGCGGACGGCCGAUCGCGUUGUCUCGUGUAGACGGACACGCGUCAUGGGUCUCGAAUACGGUGUUGGAUCUUAUGGGAGAUCUCCCGGACACUGUCAAUGGCGGGGCCAUCCUCCGCGUCGAUGGCAAACCUACUGGUGUCUUCCUCGACAACGCCAUGGGCCUCAUUCCCAUUCCGUCCUCUUCUCCGAGCGAGCUGCACGAAUAUGCCGAGAGGACGUACAAAGACGCUCUGGCGGUGGGAUUGACCUCAAUACAUGACGCCAUGUCGUCACCGGACAGGAUCGCGUUCUUCGCCGAACAGGCCGAGGAGGGUAAUCUUCCACUCCGUUUGUACCUCAUGGGCAACGUCAACUCCGAUAAUUACUGGGGAAAGCAAAUCCCGAAACUCUUCAACUAUGGCAAGGAUGCCCGCCUGAACGUCCGCAGCGUCAAGCUCUUCACGGAUGGAGCACUGGGAUCGUGGGGCGCAGCGCUCCUCGAGCCCUACUCCGACAACAGCAAUACCACCGGUAUCAUGCGCAGCACACCGAAGGCCCUCUCUUCCCUGGUGAAAAAGUUCUGGAAAGACGGGUUCCAGGUGAACAUUCACUGCAUCGGCGACCGCGCCAACAAGGUGGUGCUCGACAUCUUCGAGGAUAUUCUUGCCAGCAAGCCACUCGCGGGGAUCUUCGGAUACGGAAUGAACACGAACGUAACAGAGAUGCGGCCCCGAAUCGAACACGCGCAGAUCAUGCAGCUCAGCGAUAUAGAGCGCGUUGGGAGGCUGGGUGUGAUUACGAGCGUGCAGCCCACCCAUGCUACGAGCGAUAUGUGGUAUGCGGAAACACGUUUGGGGUCGGAAAGAAUCAAGGGCGCGUACGCGUACCAAACUUUGCUUCAAGCGUCACCCGUGAAGGUACUCCCCUUGGGGUCCGACUUCCCUGUUGAGGGCAUAAAUCCGCUGCUCGGAUUCUACGCCGCGGUGUCACGCUUAUCUACAGAUGGGAAGUCGCCAGCAGGGGAUGAGGGAUGGUAUCCCGCAGAAAAGCUCACUCGGGAGCAGGCCUUGAAAGGGAUGACCCUCGACGCGGCAUACGCGUCGUUUGCGGAGAGCGAGCUCGGCUCGCUCGUGCCCGGGAAGAAGGCCGACUUCGUCGUCCUAGACGGCAACAUCAUGACCGUGCCCGUCCACAAGAUUCUGAGAUCGAGGGUGACUGCGACCGUGAUUGACGGAGCUCUUGCAUACGGGUCCUUGUGAUGAUAUACAUCGCACGGUAUCUCCAUUCACCGCACACCUUGCGCCGAAAUAGGACAUCGAAGGACGAUAUCGGGCUUCAGGUGACUUGAUGUGAAGUACUCAGUGUACUCGAGUACAUCAUGUCGUAAUGAGCGUAGCAGGAUGUGCAGGGAAUAUGCGCGACUAUGCAUAUUAUGUAC